UAUCGAUAACUCAGAGGUCCAUCUCUAACCGCGUCACUUUAUAUUUUAAAAAUUGCAAACCAAACGUAAAUUUGAGCAUGCAAAAAUAACCCAACUGCGAUAAGAAGUGAGAAGCACUAGCCGAAAAAGCAUUUGCAGAGAUUAUCAAGUGAACAGAAGCCGCGGGCAGUUGGAAGUUCAAGAUCCAAGGAAGCCGCCCUCGCCGGUCCAAAAAAGAGACGCCGAGUUCAGCAGCGCGCACUCCGCAUUCGCAACCGCAUUCCUGUGCAGUUCCGGGAGACACCAGGUGCCGCCACGAUGAGCAAGGAUAUCUACUACUCGGACAAGUACUACGACGAGCAGUUCGAGUACAGACAUGUGGUUUUGCCCAAGGAACUGGUCAAGAUGGUGCCCAAGACCCAUCUGAUGACGGAGGCCGAGUGGCGGUCCAUUGGCGUGCAGCAGUCGCGCGGCUGGAUCCACUACAUGAUCCACAAACCGGAGCCCCACAUCCUGCUCUUUCGGCGCCCCAAAACGGACUAGCCGCACCAGAUACUACACAUACACACUCCUAUAGCACAUAGCACAUACCCAUAUAUCCGGCAGCUGCUGCCGAUAUUCUGUGUUUUGUAUUGGCGGCGGUGGUGGUUGCUGCCGAACAACCAACUGUUGCACAAACAUCAUCAACAACAACAACAUCAUUGUCAUCAUGGGUACUCAUUACGUACGGAUCCUUCUAGAAAUUACUUCCCUUAAUGCCGUGUGCUUUGUAAUACUCUUCUCGAAUCAUGUUUUACCUCCUACCAAUAGAUGUAGCACCUAGAGCUAAAGCUAAGAUUGCCAUUUGCGUACACCUCAGGCCUGGGAGAUAGCACUGGGGUGGCAUUCCCGAAUCAUGCCCUGAACUCCCACACUUUUUACCAUUUUGUAUGUUGCCAUUUCGAAACGGAAGCGAAAAGAAGACCUUUGCUCACUUUUUAUAAGCUUAAAUGAAAUCUGAUUUGUGAUCUUGAAAUUCUUAAUCAAUAAUACAUAUGUUUACACAUAAUAUAAUGAACUUAAAAUAAAUAUGUUUAAUGUAUGGAGAAGCUUGAGGCGUUGAUUGCUUAAAGUUUCCCAAAUCGAUCAAAA